UCGUGAAGGCGCGCAGGUUUUGGAAAAAUCAUUCCGCUAGGAAGCUGCACACGCCUCGCAUUCACUGACAAAGUGAAAGUAAAUUUCAUACUUUCUUCUUCUUUUUAAAAAAAAAUACAUUUUAACGUUUAUAACAACUAUAUAUUUAAUCAGCACAAAAAGCUUUGCACGCAUUUUUGAACUUUUAAGGGCACCGUAGAUUAACGCACCGGAGCGUUCAUUGAAAACAUGGCUGCAGAUAUCGUCCUGGAAGAUGAAGAGAAUAUUUUGUAUGAUUUACUUAUUAACACCGAAUGGCCGUCGGAGACGGACACGCAGUUGCGUGGAUUCAAAGAGCGCAGUUCUCUCAUCGCCAAGGCGGUGACAGGGCCAUUUCGCUUCAUUUUGCAUUACCUUUGGUACAGCCCUUCCAGCUCAUCCUUACCCCCUGGACUGGUGCGCCUGGUGGGAAAGCAGAUCAAUUGGCAGCUGGUGCUAGCGAGUAACGGGAAGCUCCUGGCCGUGGUUCAGGACCAGUGUGUGGAGAUCAGGUCAGCCAGAGACGACUUUGGGUCCGUCAUCGGGAAAUGUCAAGUACCUAAGGACCCGUCUCCUCACUGGCGCAAGGUGGCAUGGAGCCAUGACUGCGCUCUCCUGGCCUAUGCGGAUAGUACCGGCACCGUUCGGGUCUUUGAUCUGAUGGGCAGCGAACUCUUCAUCAUCCCUACAGCUGCGAGCUUCCCCGGCGACUUCAGCUAUGCCGCUGCUGGCCUGAUUUUCCUGGAGUACACCGCCAGUGCCCAGUGGUCCGCAGAGCUGCUGGUCAUCACCUUUGGUGGCCAGCUCCGCAGCUACCUGGUGAGCGUGGGGACCAAUCAAGGCUUCCAGGAGAGCCACAGCUUCAGUUUCUCCGCCCACUGUGGUAACGGCGUCACUGCAGCGAUCUACCAUCCAAGCCACAGGCUGCUCCUGCUGGGUGGGUGCGAGAUGGGUGACCGCCGCGGCGUGUCCCAGGCAACCGCGAGAGGCCUCACGGCCUGGAGGGUGUUAUCGGGUUCGCCACACUACAAGCAGAUGACCCGUCACCAAGACGACAUCAGCGCAUCCCAGAGGAAAAGUCUUUUCAGAAUGCACAGUUUUAGACUUUUCUCCCGACAAAACAGUGAACAGGACGGCGUGUUCAGAAUGAGCCUGUCUCCAGACGGUGCAAUGCUAGCCGUAAUCCACUUCUCAGGGGCUCUGAGUCUGUGGGACGUGCCGUCGCUCCAUCAGAGGAGCACCUGGAAGCAGGAGGAGCAGCCUGGCUAUGAGGAGAUCAACCCAGAGUGGAAGACGUCGCUGGAGAGGAGGAAGAAAAUAAAGGAUAAGGAGCAGUAUCAGUCUCUGAUGGAUGUGGGCUGGUGGAGUGAGCAUGCCCUCAUCCUUGCCCGUUGCUCUGGAGCUCUUACUGUCUCGUCGGCACGCACGCUGGCCAACCUGCUGGGCCGCUCCUGCGAGUGGUUCGAGCCGUCGCCCCGCGUCACCUCCGCCCAUGAUGGCGCCUUCCUUAGCCUAGAGUGUGAGAUCAGGCUGGCACAGAAGCGUACCCGUCUGGAGAGUGGCAGACCUGGCGAGGAGGAUGAGGGUGAGGAGUACUCUGAUUCUGAUGAAGAGAGCUCAGCCCAGGCGCGAUACUUUGGCUAUGUGCAGCGGGGCCUCUACUACGUCACCGAGAUGGAGCGCUUCGCUCCACCAAGGAAGCGCCCGCGUGCUGUUCUGAAGAAUUACCGGCUAGUCAGCCUUCGCGCCACUACUCCUGAGGAGCUUUACCAGAGGAAGAUUGAUAAUGAAGAGUAUGGUGAAGCGCUCUCCUUGGCUCAUGUCUAUGGACUGGACUCAGACCUUGUCUACCAGAGGCAGUGGAGGAAGUGUUCAGUCAGCAUUGCAUCUAUCCAGGACUACCUGAGUAAGAUAAGGAAGCGCUCCUGGGUGUUGCAUGAAUGUAUCGAGCGGGUACCAGAGAACGUGGACGCCGCCAAGGAGCUCCUUCAGUACGGCCUGAAGGGAACGGACCUGGACGCUCUCGUUGCCAUCGGCAACGGCGAGGAUGGGGGCAGGUUCAUCUUGCCAGACGACACAGACAUGGAUGACUCUGCGUACGAGGAUUUCCAGUUAGCAGAGGAGGAGGAGAUGGAGCGGAAGAGAGAGAGGGAGGAGAAGAAAAGGGAUGACCUCCUGAAGAAAGUGGACUUCAGCAAGCUGACCCUGGAGCAGAAGGAGCUGUGUCGAAGCCGGCUUAAGCUGCUCUGCUACCUGGACCGCCUGGCCACGUACGAGGAGAUUCUGGGUGGACCCAGCGCUGCAGAGGAGAGAUACGACUCUGAGUUUUUCAAAAAGUUCCGCAAUCAAAAUAUUAUUCUGUCAGCGAGAACCUACGCCAGGGAGAGUAACGUGCAGGCUCUAGACAUCCUCUUCACCUACCAUGGUGCUGAGUUGCUCCAGCAUCGGCUCACUAUCCUAUGCAAUUUCCCAGAAACCACCUCUCCCCACGAGUACACAAUACUUCUGCCUGAGGCCUGUAAGGAUGAGAGGGCACACCUGGUCUUUAUUCCAUGGGAGGAGAAGAGGCACAGAGACCUGGACUGGUGCGAGCACCCGCAGUGCAGGGCGGUGUUGGAACUGUGCAUGGGUGAGGACCAUCAGUUUUUGUACGAAGAAGGUUCGGGGCUGGAACGUUUCUGCACAGUCAGCCCUUCCAUUCCACUCCUCACUGACUGGUACCUGACCAGAGCGCAGGAGAUUGAACACAACUCCCAUCAGGUGGACUGCGCCCUGUCACUGGUGCGUCUGGGAAAAGAAAGAGGGAUCCCUGGGCUGGAGCUGCUGUGCGAUGACCUGGUUACCAUGGAGACACUGGUGUAUGAGACAUCAUGUGACCUGAGCCUGAGUCUGAGGGAGCUGCAGCAGCUCAGGGACAUCGACAAGCUCCGCCUCCUCAUGAAGAAUUCAAGCGCAGAGCGCUACGUGAAGAACAUGUUCCAGUGGGCGGUGCCGUUCCUGCACCGCUGUGAGAGGCAGAGGGAGGGCUCCGCCUCCGCCCUCCUCGCCCAGUAUCUGGUGUCCCUCGCCAAGGACGACCUCACCGUCCCGCUCAAAAUCUUCCAGCAUUCCAAACCAAGCUGUCAGCAGAUGAUCAUUAGCGACCCAGACCAGCUCAUGUCUGUGGCUCUGGAGUGUAUCUACAGCUGUGACCGAGACAACCAGCUCGCACUCUGCUACGACCUUCUGGAGUGCCUUCCUCAGAGAGGAUAUGGGCCACAGACAGGGACCACAAAAGCCUUACAUGACCAGGUGGACUCCCUGGAGAAGCAUCUCAGUGUUGCGGAGAUUCUGGAGAAGCAUGGUCUCCAGAAGCCCAUCUGGUAUGUGAGGAGCAGUCAGAGCUGCAGAGAGGAGGCUCAUCAGCUUCUGGUCAAACUCACACGCCACGCAGCACGCAAAAGUCCUCCUCUCGGUGAGGCAGCAUGGCGAGGUUUACUGCAUGACCUACUGGACAUGCAGCGGAACGUCUACACCUGCCUGGACCCUGCCACCUGCCAUCAGAUCUUUGUCGAGAGCCUCCUGUGUUCAGGGCGGGAGGAGACCGUGUGCCUGGCGGGACAGCUGAUGCAGAGCAGUGCCGCCGCUCCUGAUGCACCUGCUGGCCCUGCCUUCCGGGGCAAAGCCCUACCCCGCCUGGGCUAUGCCUGCAGUGUAGAGCUGGUACUGGCCUCCGCCCGAGAGUACUUCAACUCUGCAGCCACCCUCAGUGACCCGUGCAUCGGCCUGGCACGGUCAUGUCUGCGGCUGAUCUCCGACUGCCCUCCUCUGAUCCAAGAAGAGCUGGACCUCAUCACCGCCCUCUCCAGGCUGGAGGACUUUGGUGUCAAGGUCCUGCCUUUACAAGUGCGUCUACAAGAUGACCGCUUGUCCUUGCUGAAGCAGUGCAUGUGUCAGUGUUCCAUGGCCUAUAAGCAGUCCACCCAGAUGCUGGACCUGGCCUGGCUGCUGCACGUGGCCGGUGGUGAUGAGGCUAGACGGAAGGGUCAGGUCCUUACCCUAUUGGCUGAGCAGGCUCUCCUGUGUCAGGACUACAAAGCCUCCUUCAUCCACUGCCAGGAGCUGAUGUCUGCAGGCUACAGCGGCGGUUGGGAUGUGUGUGCACGCCUGGGUCAGUGUGAGGGCUUCACGCGUCUUUCUGCUCGCCAGGAGCUGAUGGCGUUCUCUCUCACACAUUGCCCCCCUGCCCACAUUCAGGGCCUCCUGGCUGCCUCCAGCUCACUGCAGACCCAGAUCCUUUACCAGGCAGUGAAUUACAAGAUCGACCCUUCCCACACCACAGGAGCGAGCGACGAGGCAGAUAAGUCACCACAGGUGGGUGGAGGUCCUGGGUCAGCUCUGCCGCCGCCACUCCUCCAGAGGACCACAGCGCGCACCAUGGAGGUGCUGAGCAGCACCACCCACACCACCAAGGCUGUGCUGAGCGCCGUCAGCGACCCACACUGGUGGAGGGAAUCCAUCAGAUACCUCCAUCCACUGCACGGGCUGGGGGCAGAGUCGCACCACACCGGAGUGGCCAAUGAGAACACAGACCUGGAGAGACAGGGCUGCAGCGCGAUCUAUGAGGAGAUACUGGAUGAACCCUACGUCAGCCCGAUCGAGGACGUAUACUCGUCCUAUAACUAUGUUCCACAGGAGAGCUUUGCAGAAGUGCUGCUGCGCACCGGCAAGCUGGCUGAGACCAGGAGCGAGGGCGAACGCUGCUUCCCAGCCACCGAAGUUCUGCUCCAGCUGGCCAGCGAUUCCUUCCCCAGAGACAUGACCCUUGCUCUAGCCUAUUUGCUAGCUCUGCCACAGGUGUUGGACGCUGACGUGUGUUUGGAGCAGCAGUGCCCCUCUGCUCUGGCCCUGCAGAUGGCUUCGUAUUACUACUCUCUCCAGAUCUACUCCCGCCUGGCACCCUGCGUCAAGGACCAGUGUAGCACCCUCUACAGGGCUGAUCCAAGGGAGCUGAUUCGUCUAGUGACCAAGCACGUGGCUGACCAUGAGGGUCACAAAUGGGCCGACAAGGAGCUGGAGGAUAUGAUUGGUCAGCUACGACUGUGGAGCGAGAGACUGACUGACUUCACGCAGGCGCAGGUGCUGCGUGGCCUUGGACGGGGCGUGGACGUCCAGCGCUUCAGCAGCGACCACCAGUAUAAGAAAGAGACCAUCCUCGGCUUGGCAGAGACAUUAGAUGAGAGUGUAUAUGGGAUUUCUCGCUCCCUAGCCCAGCGCUACAAUAUUCCUCUGUGGGAGGUGCAUAUGACACACCUUGAGUUCCUCUUCACUGACAGCGGCCUCUCCACCAAGGAGCUGGAGAGUCGGAGUGAGGCCCUCGGUCUGUUCCAUGUGCUGAAGGUGGAGCCCGGGCCUUUCUUUGCCCACAUGGGCAAGUAUGUGUACCCGAGCAUCGCUGGCAACGACCUGCCACGUCUGCUCUACUACUACACACUGCUGGACGGCUGCUCAGGUGGAGGGCCUCCGACAACCACAGCCAUGGCACCCAGCACGCACGUCAAACUGCUCAAGAAGCUCAAGGCCGUGGCGAGCGGGCUGGACUAUAAGAAGCUGACGGACGAGGACUCGGACCCGCUGAAGGCCCUGGAGCCUGUGCUGACCAGCCAGAACGUCCUGUCGAUCUCCAAACUGGCCGGACGCGUCCCCCUGAAAGGGGGUGGAGCCCUCACAGCAAGCGCUGUCCACACCACCUGGCUGCGGAAGCUUUUCUGGGAGGGCGAUGCCCACGUCCUCAAGCGCUCCCCCCAGACCGAGUCAGACUUCCUCACUGCCUAUGACGUCUGUGCCAAGUACUUUGACAGGCUCUUGCCAGUAGACGCGGUCAGCUUUUUGGAUGCCAUCACCUUCUCCCCGGAAGCAGCCAAUCACCUGUGUGUGGAAGUCAGGACAGAAAUGACCAGGCGUGCUCUGACGGCUGUGCAGAGCAUCAGCGAGAAAAGCAGGAAAAGGGGCCGAGAAGAGGGAAUGAUGCUGUCUGAAAACUCCGCCUUCGGCUUUAGCCAUGCCCUGAUCCACCUGCAGCAGUCACUCGACCAUCUAGAGACGCUCAGCCAUGCCUUCCCAUUGUCUCUGAGAAACAGCCAAGAGGAGCGUCUGCAGGGGUAUGGCAGGGCCUAUGACCUCUCCAGGUCGCAGAAGGUCAAGGUGCGCCAGCUGGCUGUCACCAUGGCGUUGGACGGCCAGCCGCUGGAGCAGAUCGAGCAGCUGCUUGCAGUCGCCGUGGGCAUGAGUGACCUGUCUCCACGGAGCGUAGUGAGGGAUGCAGUAGAACAGGUCGUCACCGCACUCAGUGGUGAUGAGGACAUUCUGAAGGCCUACACGGACCCUUUAAAAGUCCUGCAGGGCAUCGUGGUGGCGGUGCAUGCCAACGUGCAGCAUGGGGGAGAUAUCGUGUCAUCCGAAGAUCUGUUGGCAUGGUUACGCCCAUUCUGCAGUGACGACUCAAAGCCCGUGCGAGUGAGGAUCGAGGUUCUGCAGAUUCUAGAACAUUCCUUUUGCCUCAGUGACCAGGACAACCGGCUGCUAGUGUUUUUUAGGAGCCAGGCGGUCCUCAAAGCAGGCUGGCCUAGCAGAGAGUGUGAAACGGAGGAUAUUGAAGAUGAGGACAAGCGCCACUCCCUCUUCCUCGAGCUGCUGGGUGCUAGUCGAAAGUGGGAGGAGUUUCAGCAUCUCAUGCUCCUCCUACAGGCGUGGCCUCCAGUCACAGACAAGAACAGGCAAGCGUCCGAGCAGAACCCAUGGGUGUGUGUGACACGCGGCCUGCUCACACACUGCUCUGGCAGCGCGGAGGUCAACAUGGGUGACGAGGUGCUGUCCAUGUGCCGCACACUCUAUCCUACCAGGCACAAGCUCAACACACAGUGUAUUGGCCACAUCUCCUCUCUGCUGUUAAAUGGCAGCUUCAGGCUCGCUGGCCUGAAGCUGAUGGCUGAGAGUGGAGACGAACACCUGCUAAAGCUGACCCUGGAUCAAAUCCGAGGCCUGUCCACACUGAGUGAGGAGGUGUGUGACCAGGAGCUCCUCACCCUGCUGCUGAAUGCCGGAGCACUGGUCAGCUGUGUGGACACACUCCUCUACCCAGCCCUCAUCUCCCACAUGCUUAGGCAGGGGAGGUGGGACGUAGAGCAGGCCGCCCACGACCUCCACGUCGCCGGUCACACCACCCAGGCCGGCUCCCUGCUCCUGGCCCAUCGCGGAGUUCACCCGGCACUGGCCACCUUCAACAGUGCCCUUGUCGUUGUCGACAAAUGGCUGUGAGGCACACAACCAGUGGGUGGGGGUGUGGGUGGGGGUGUGUGCGUGCAUUUGCACAUGUCAGUUUGGAAAGCAGCACCAGCUGAACAUGAAUAACCCAGAGGGAUACAUGAUUCAUGUCAGUCACAUUAUGUUUUGGAGUUAUUUUGGAAUCAUAUUAUUACACUUAGUUCUCCAUAAGUGAGCCAUUAGAGGACCAUUCAGAAUAAUUAAGAAUAAUUAAUUGACUGCUUCAGGCCCUGGUUAGAUUGAAACAAAAGUACUUCAAAGAUGAAAUCACCUGACCUGUUAGACAUGGUACUCUAAGUGCUACUGUGAUGUUUGUGCUGGGACAUUUUAGGGGAAAAUACUCUCUGUUCUACUAGAAUCGCUCUCGCUCUGUCUCACAUUCUAUCUUGCCCCAGAUGUCACAGUGAUGUUAGAGUAAUCACAUUACUCUGGCAGUUUAGGCACGCUAGCAUGCUUUAAUGUUCGUUACAGGACAGAACACAACCCAAAUUCAGAGUGUGAGUCUUACCAAUGCCAUGCAUGUUUUGCAGGGAAAGAAAACAGCAUAUUUUCUGUUGGGUUAAUAACUAAUUAUUUGAGUCAACAAACUAACCUCCAGACAGUCACAUUAUUGUUUUAAAAUACAGUGCAUGCCUGUGAUGGGAGCAGUGUUCCAGUACUGAAUGGAUUGUUUUGGGUCAUCUUGUCUGUUUUCACCUCAGUUACAGAUUGUUCAGUGUACCAGACCUGUAUGCAAAUUCAAACUGAAUGUACUGCAGCUUUAUUCCCUUUAGAGAAUGUUGCUUAACACACAAUGUCAAAGAUUUUCCAGAUAUUUCAAAAUGAUGCUACCUGUGGUCUCGGCCGGGUUUUUUUUUUUGUGUUUGUUUGUUUUUAAUGUAGUCACAAAAGCAAAUAAAUAAAUAGACAAAACUCCA